AAAACUAUAAAAUGCCCUGUGAAUAGGUUUCUUCCUCUUUUUCUAUAGCCAAGCACUGGAUAAAUACUAAUGAAACAAGCACUGAUCAGGAAGCCUUCUUCAAGGAGCUUUACCCAUCCAGCAUUUUUUGACCUAAAAGGAAAUAUGUUAUCCUGGCUCUGCUUUACUUGGAGCCUUGUUGUUCUGGCUGGGGCCCAGGAUGUGACCCAGCAGGCCGCAGAGUUUUUAAAGCAAUUUGAUGCCCGUGCAGAUGAUCUGUAUUAUGCUGCAUCCAUCGCUUCAUGGAAUUAUAAUACCAACCUGACAGAAGAAAAUGCCAAAAUAAUGCAUGAGAAAGACAACAUAUUCUCCAAGUUUUAUGAAGAAGCCUCCAAGAAUGCUAGCAUGUACAAUGUGAAUCAGAUUACUAAUGAAACCAUCAGGCUUCAGCUUCAUUUGCUCCAGAAUGUACCAACAAAUUCAUCUACAAAAGACCAACUGGAUACUGUUUUACGUAAAAUGAGUACCAUGUACAGCACUGGGACUGUGUGCAAGCAAGAUGAUCCUUUUAAUUGUUUGCCCUUAGAACCAGGUUUGGAUGACAUAAUGGAAAACAACUGGAGUUACUCAGAGAGGUUGUGGGCCUGGGAAGGCUGGAGAGCUGAUGUUGGCAAGAAGAUGAGGCCUUUAUACGAAAGUUAUGUUGAAUUGAAAAAUAAAUAUGCAAGACUGAGGGGCUAUGCUGACUAUGGUGAUUAUUGGAGAGCAAAUUAUGAAGUAGAUCUUCCAAAGGAAUAUCAAUACCAACGUGCACAGCUGAUUACUGAUGUGGAAAACACACUUCAGCAAAUAAUGCCUUUGUAUAAGCAUCUACAUGCUUAUGUACGGCGCCAUCUGUACAAACACUAUGGGCCAGAAUUCAUUAACCCAGAAGGAGCUAUUCCUGCUCAUUUACUUGGUGACAUGUGGGGUAGAUUUUGGACAAAUUUAUAUCCUUUAAUGGUGCCCUUUCCAAAUAAAACAAGCAUUGAUGUGACUUCUGCUAUGGUGACGAAGAAAUGGACCGUAAACUCAAUAUUUAAAGCUGCUGAACAAUUUUUCACCUCAAUUGGUCUUUUCCCUAUGACUGAUAAUUUCUGGAAUAAUUCUAUGCUUGAGGAACCUAAAGAUGGAAGGAAAGUUGUUUGCCAUCCUACAGCUUGGGAUAUGGGGAAAAAAGACUACAGGAUUAAGAUGUGCACAAAAAUAAAUAUGGAGGACUUCCUGACAGCACACCAUGAGAUGGGCCAUAUUGAAUAUGACAUGGCCUAUUCUGAUCAACCUUUCCUACUAAGAAAUGGGGCCAAUGAAGGAUUCCAUGAAGCUGUUGGAGAGAUCAUGUCACUUUCUGCAGCCACUCCAAAGUAUCUGAAAUCCCUUGGCUUACUAGAACAUACUUUUCAAGAAGAUACAGAAAUCAAACACAACCCUGAG